AUGGAACCUGUGUUAUGGCCAUUCUUAAUGGAGUACAUAAUGUCUGAACAACAUACAAGAGCAAUGAAAAGUAUUUGCAGAAGUCUUGCCUUUUUAGCCAACAAGAAGAAAGAAGGCCACAUCGAUGACUAUGAAAUUGAUUUCGAAGAUUAUGCCAAUUUACCCAAGCCACAUGACAUGAUUGCUAGACUUUUCGUGUUAUCAGGUCAUCCAACCAGUGAUGGCGGACGAGGGAUAUACAUUUUGAAUUUUAUGAAAAAUAUGACACAAAACCUCUGCAGUGGCUUAGUGGAAUUGUGGGAUACUGUUAUACCCAAACUUGUUCUUUACAUCGAAGAAAAUUCAGAAAUUGAAGAGGAAUGGCCCCAAAAGAACUGGGAAGAUCUCCUACUGAAGAUGUUAUCCAAGUCAUUAGACAUUAUCCAAAAUGAGGAGUGGACAGAAAAUUUAGGAGAAGCUUUUGGUCAACAAAUUGCAUUGUAUAACUCAAUGCCAGCUGAAAAGCUUCCCUUUCUUUUUUCUUUCUUUCUUUCUUUUUUCUUUCUUUUUCCUUCUUUUUUUCUACCUUUUUUCUUUUUUUUUCUUUCUUUUUUCUUUCUUUCUUUUUUUCUUCUUUUUUUCUUUGUCUUUUUCUUUUUUCUUUCUUUUUUUUUUCUUUGUUUUUUUCUUUCUUUUUCUUUUUUCUUUUCUGUCUUUUUCUUUCUUUUUUUUUUCUUUCUUUUUUUUUUCUUUUUUUCUUUUUUUUUCUUUUUCUUUCUUUUUUCUUUCUUUUUUUUUUUUCUUUCUUUUUUUUUCUUUCUUUUUUUUUCUUUUUUUUCUUUCUUUCUUUUUUUCUUUCUUUCUUUUUUUCUUUCUUUCUUUUUCUUUCUUUCUUUUUUUCUUUCUUUCUUUUUCUUUCUUUCUUUUCUUUCUUUCUUUUCUUUCUUUCUUUUUUUUUCUUUUUUUUCUUUCUUUCUUUUUUUUUUUCUUUCUUUUUUUUUUCUUUCUUUCUUUCUUUUCUUUUCUUCUUUCUUUCUUUUUCUUUCUUUCUUUUUUUUUCUUUCUUUUUUUUUUUUUUCUUUUUCUUUUUCUUUUUUCUUUCUUUCUUUCUUUCUUUCUUUCUUCUUUCUUUCUUUUUCUUUCUUUUUUUUCUUUCUUUUUUCUUUCUUUCUUUCUUCUUUCUUCUUUCUUUUUUUUCUUUCUUUUUCUUUCUUUCUUUUUUUCUUUCUUUCUUUUUUUCUUUCUUUCUUAUUUAAACAUUCCGAGAAACUAGAACGAGAGGGCUGUGCCAUUUGCAUGGGAUUUGCUUCAGCCUCCCAUUUGGACUCUGUUCUCAGUAAACUUGAUGCUGUAGCCAAACAUGAUAUGGUUCGCAAAUCAUCAGGGUUGCUGGGAUUCAUGAGAGAUAAGAAUGAGGUUGAUGUUGAAAAAGUGAAAGCAACACUUAUGCUAUGUUAUGGAUAUGUGACUUUGUUUUCCCCAAAUACACUUAUUGUAUCACGACUGGAAUCUACAAUUUUAAAGGCAAUUUACCCCCACUUCACCAACCCUAAGGAUUCUAGUGUAAAGCAAAGUAUGAUAAUGACUACAGAAUUAAUUGGCAAAGCACUGCAUCCUGAGCGGCUCAAGUUCCAAUACAAACUCAUGAGCAGAGGUGACAUCCUUGGGCACAUGCAGCUGUACAUUAAAGCAGAAAGCAAAGAGUGGAUAAUGAAUGAUACAAGAGCAAUUGCACUGAAUGCUGCCACAACACUUGUAAAACUUGAUCCUAAACUGAAUGAGGGAGACACACAUGAUUUAGUAGAAACAGUCACGAGUUCCAUUUUGUGUCUUCCUCAAGAUGGUUGUGCUCCACGAAAAGGCAAAGAAGAGACAUAUGAAGAAGUUGUGGAAGCUGGUCAGUUUUUAAAAAUCACAAUUGAUGCUAUGAAUGACCUUCUGAAGGCAGUACUUUUUAAAAACCUGACAGCCAAAGGACUUGACAGUAUCUUCAAGCAUCUCAAAGUUUGGAUUAUGUCCUCCAAUGAUUUCCAGAGAGAAAGGGCUUUACAGACAUGGUUACUUUUGUUGCAGUUUUUCAAGGAGAAUAUAACUCUUCAAAGUGAGAUUGAAUUUUUCAACUUUGGAGUACUAUUAGCAAAUAUGAUUCCUCGUUGUUCAGAUCCUUCUACCAAUGUACGCAAAGAAGCCCUUCAUUCUGUACAAAACCUUUUAGAAAUUGCAAUGACUAUCAGUGGUGGUGAUGUUACCAAAGAUACCAUGUUAAAUGCAUUCCCUACUCUCCAUGAAAGGGUUGUAAAAUCCGACACAAGUGUUUUGUUUGUUGUUGCUGUAGACCUCUCAAAAGUUGUUGCUAAAAAAUUACCCCGAAAUCAAUUGAUGCCAUUUCUAGAAGUGCUAGAAGAGGGUUUGGUUGAUCCUCUCUCUCACAGUUCCUCAGGUUCUUGUGUGAUGCUAAGCAAUUUGAUGAAGCAGCGAGGAACAGAGUUGCGAGAAGAUGUAAGCAAGAUAAUUGACUCCUUACACACAAGGUUGGAAGAAAUUCACCAUGUACAAGCAAGGACUGGAACCCUCCGUGCUCUUCGGACAAUAAUUUCACAGCACCUUCCUAUAGCACUCAAGUCCCUCUUGUCUUACCCUGUUCCAUAUGAUGUAAAUAUGUCUGCAAUUUGGCGGUGCCUUGCUGAAGAUUCCCAGCUUGUCACUAUGAUGAUUGACCAAAUGCUGGAGAAUAUUCUGGCACAACGUCCAUAUGAGGAACGGACAGAUAACAGGGAUAUGGUGCGCUAUGCGAUGAUGGGACCUUUGUCUGUAAGUAUUUCUGUUUCUCCUUUUGCAAAUUCAUUUCUUACUUUUUUUUUCUCUUUUUUUCCCUGUCCUACACCUCUUUUUCUUCUUUCCUCCUAUUUUCUUCCUCUUCUCUUUAUCUUUUUAUCCUUCUCCUCCUCUAUUUCCUUCUUCUCUUAUGCUCCUUUUUCUCUGUCUCUUUUUCCUUGUCUCUUUUUCCUUGUCUCUUUUUCCUUGUCUCUUUUUCCUUGUCUCUUUUUCCUUGUCUCUUUUUCCUUGUCUCUUUUUCCUUGUCUCUUUUUCCUUGUCUCUUUUUCCUUGUCUCUUUUUCCUUGUCUCUUUUUCCUUGUCUCUUUUUCUUCUCCUCCUCCACCUUCCUGUCUCUCCUCCAUCUCUUCUCCUCCUCCUCCUCUUUCCUCUCUUCUCCUCCUCUUUCCUCUCUUCUCCUCCUCCUCCUCUUUCCUCUCUUCUCCUCCUCCUCUUUCCUCUCUUCUCCUCCUCCUCUUUCCUCUCUCCUCCUCCUCCUCUUUCCUCUCUCCUCCUCCUCCUCUUUCCUCUCUUCUCCUCCUCCUCUUUCCUCUCUUCUCCUCCUCCUCCUUUUUUCUUUUUAUACUUCUCUUUUUUCCUUUUCUUUCCUCCUCCUACUACUCAUUAUUCUCUUUCUCUCACCAUUUCCCACUUCUCUCAAUAUUCCUGUAUUGUCUCCAGACUACACUCUCUUUUGCCAUCUUUCAUUAUUCUGUACAAGUUUCUUUUCCUCUCUAA